AUGGGUCUGCCCUUGAAGGAGCUCCGACGGUUAAAGGACCAGUUUCAGGAUGAAGAAGGUCAACCGGUCAAGCUGGACGAAGAGCAGUUCGUGGACGCCCUUCUCUCGCGGCUGACAGGCUCGAUCUCAACCUCCCACGCUGAGCGAAAACGCUGGGAUGUGGAGCUGCGGACGUUGUUCAAGAAGAUUGACGCCAGCUGCUCCCAAAGCGUCACGUGGGAGGAGUUCACGAACUAUAUGCUUUUCCAUGCGCCGGGCUUCAACUCAUCAGAUGGAGCCUGCGAGCUGUCCCACAAUGCGGCGGCCGCCGAAGCACUGGCGGGCGCUUGGCAGUGUGGCCAUGCGGACAUGAUCAAUAACAUUGCAGUGGUGUACGACUUUGCCAACAAGCAAGACAACGGCAAUGCUGCAAGUAGCGCGCCUGCUGGCCAUGCCAGAAGGUACAUAACUGCCGGGCGGGAUGGAUUCGUCAAGGUCUGGCAUCCUAACUUGACGCUGUACAAGGAGGUGGAUGUGGGCCAGACAAGCAGCUGGCUCUCUGCAUGUUGCUGGAUGCAGAAGUCCAGAAAGAUAGCUGUUGCUUCUUCAAGCUUCCGAAUCUUCUUCUACGACAGCGCCCUGAGCCCAAUCACUCACAUCGAUCACCGGGAGGGCACGCCCCUUUGCUUGGGAUACACUGAUUCUCAUGAAAACAAGAGCUCUGAGAAGGAGAUCCUCAUGGUGGGUGAUGAUAGGGGGUAUGUGAGUGUCUAUCCAUUGGAUGCUAACGACUGGCUAGAGCACGAGCCGAAGUCUGAUGGUAAGCCAGACAGCGAUGGCUUAAAGCAAUUAUCCAGGUCUCGUACGAAGUACCACAAGGACUGGGUCACCAAGGUUGGCUUCGUCUCCCAGCUUCAAGCGAUGGUCACCUGCAGCCUCGAUGGCGAAAUCAAUAUUUGCGAUGUACACACCAACCAGCGAAAAGAAGGUCGUGACGCCGUGCGGCUUCACAAGAAAGGUGUCCACUCCUGGUGUUGGUGCGCAAAUUACAAAUUCUUCGCCUCAGGUGGAUCCGACCGCCAGAUCAUCAUCUGGAAUCCCUACACUCAGAAAGCCAUGAACUACCUCCAAGGGCACAGCGCCCCAGUCUUUGAUGUCCUGGUCAACGAGAAGCAGCACCAGCUGAUCUCGAUGUCAGUGGACAAAGUUGUCAAGGUUUGGGAUAUACUGAACUACCAGUGUAUCCAAACUUUCACAGACAAGACAGAGUACAAGCCAGAGGACAGACUCACUUGCAUGGCAUUCGACGAGGAAGGGCCUGCGCUGGUCCUGUGCUCCAGCCUCAUAAACGUGCUGCCCGUCAGUGUCAAGGUGCAGACGAGCCGAACGCACCUGGCUCCAAUUGUCGGAGCUUUGCACAAUGACGUCUUCCACCAGAUCAUCUCCGGUGACAACACGGGGACUGUAUCGGUGUGGGACAUCAAGACCGGGAAGCUGGAGUUCGAAUUUCGCCGUGCUCAUCAGGAUCACAAGAUGACUUGCAUGGCCUUUGACGAGCCGAAACGCUGCCUUUACACCGGCGGCGAGGAUGGCUGCGUCAAGCUAUGGAACUUUUCCUCAGGACAGCAGUUGCGCAGCUUCACAAUGAGGCGGCCAGCAGAGAUUCGUAGUCUGCUGUGGGCUCAAGAAGGGCCUAACACGUUUGUCGUCGGGCUGGCGUGGGACAGGCGGAUCUACAUCUGGCCAGACAGCCACAAGCAGCAGGUGGAGCCGCAGUAUGUGCUCGAAGACUUCACGGGGCAAGGGCAUACGGAUGAUGUCGCUUGCCUCAGCCGGCUGUCAUCCGUCACUGGUCUUCUAGCCACUGGAGGCGAUGAUGGCUAUGUGUGUUUCUGGAAGAUCCAGGAGACAGCAGCUGGUGGUGGGGCCAGUUCACGGAGAUAUAGGCUCUUCGAUGGCGCUCAUGCCCCAAAGAAGCAUGUGCCCACGGAAGGGACGUCUGACCGUCGCAAGAACAAGAAAGGCGGCACGCAAGGAGGUGACUCUGUGCCGGCCACGAAACGCGUGUCGCAUGCAGCUCCGCCGCAGGGCUACCCAGACUCUCCGACUUCGUCGCUUGCCGCCGCUGAAGAAGGAGCUGAGGAGCCGUGGCCGGAGGAGUACGAAAAGCGGUGUCGCAUCGCAAUGCACCUGAUGGAAGACCUCACCGGGUCUGACAAAGACACAGGAUUUGCAUCUUGCGGUGUGGAGCAUACAAUCUUCUUGGAGCACAAGGAGUGUCUGCUCACCAUUCAUGCCGACCAGUUGGCACGAUUAUGGUCGACCAAGCAGGCUGAGUUCCUCGGCAAGCUCGUCUUCAUGGAGGAUGCGCCGGAAGAGGCUUCUGGAGUGACUCUCGUGCAGCAAGCGUCCAUCACUGCUGUCUAUGCCAGUGCAGACAACACGUUGCUCUUCACUGGGGAUGCGAAUGGGUGGGUUCGAAUAUGGGACCUCUCAAAGAUCCGCGUGGAUUCGUGUCCAUCGUACCUCCUCCGAGUGAAGGAGAUGCAACUUCACAAGAUGGCCAUAGUUUCGUUGCAGCACUUCACCAUGGACGGCUUGGUCGUGAUUGUCACGGCCUCUGCAGACUGGACCGUCGCAUUGCACACCAUGGAUGGAAUGCGCAUUGGCAACUUCAGCCACCGCAGCCAAGAGUGGAGGAUCUCCGACACCAGCACCUGGUGUGACCAGCCUCCUUCGGCCAAGGAAGGCAUCCGCGGGCCUGAGGAGGAUGACGACCGCUGGAGCAGCAUGAGCCCACGCCGCGCUGGCAUGGCUGGGGCUGCAGGUGGCCGACGAGAAGGAGGUGCUGCCACGAGCGGCAGCGUACCAGGCAUUGGCAUCGGUGUGGGCAUGCGGACUCCGAGAGGAUCCAAGGUGCGGACGCGGCCAGUCAUUGCCCCGCCCGUUCAUUCCGGACAGGGUGAUUUCGGCAAAUUGAGUGUCGUUGAGCGUUUCAAGCCUGACUUGACGCUGGCGGAGCAGGAACGGCAACGGCUGCUGAAGUUCCACGUUUCGGAUCAUCAGUCGCAGCCUCGACUGGGGGGCAAGCUGUGGGCCAGGAAGUGA